UCAGCCUUUAGCCUGGGUGCCUUUGCAGAUACCCGCUCUCUACUAGUUGUCCCUCCGCCCGUCGAAGCCACUAUUCACUACCCCCCGUCGCUCUAGCUCCGCUCCAUCGAUUUUAUCCUCCUCGUCUGCUGGCUGUCCUUGCUCCAAUUGUAUCCAUAUCGAGUGUUCUUGCCCCGAACUUUGCGUCACCAUGGCCACCGGUCCUGCGACUCAAUCUCUCAAGUGUGUGGUGACGGGUGAUGGUGCGGUUGGAAAAACAUGUCUCCUGAUUUCGUACACAACCAACGCUUUCCCCGGGGAAUACAUUCCCACCGUAUUCGACAACUACACCGCUAGUGUGAUGGUAGAUGGCCGACCGAUUAGCUUGGGACUCUGGGAUACUGCUGGACAGGAAGAUUACGACCGUCUUCGCCCGUUGUCCUACCCGCAAACCGACGUCUUCUUGAUCUGCUUCUCCAUCGUCAGCCCGCCAUCUUUCGACAACGUCAAAGCCAAGUGGUUCCCGGAAAUUGAACACCAUGCUCCGAACGUCCCGAUCAUCCUGGUCGGCACUAAGCUCGAUCUGCGAGACGACCGUGGCACCAUAGAUGCGCUCCGACAGCGAAAGAUGGAACCCGUCUCCUACGAACAGGCUCUGGCCGUGGCCAAGGAAAUCCGGGCACAUAAGUACCUCGAAUGCUCGGCCCUGACGCAGCGCAAUCUCAAGAGCGUCUUCGACGAGGCGAUUCGUGCCGUGCUCAAUCCCCGGCCUGCGGCCAAACCGAAGAACAAGAAAUGCGUGAUUCUGUAGAUCGACCUCGGCCUGUCCGACUCAUAAUAUAAACCACUAAUACGGCGUCUGGGUUUCGGGGCGGUCCGCCCCCUCUGAUGAUUUUGCUCGUGUCCCGUUCCCUGUUUUGGUCCAUGAUCCUGAUGUUGUUCUCUAUUUUCUUCGGGUUCA